GGACCUCUCCCGGCCCGAGGCCAAAUCCCCGCCCUGGCUGGGAGGGCGCCGAGGCUGCGGAGGCUGGCGGCGCGUUCUGGGCGAGCUGGUCGCCUGGGUCCCGGGAGGGGCGGAGCGGGGGCUGGGUUGGGCGCGGACUCUCCCUCCCUCCCUCCCUCCAGUGCUCUGACUGGCCUUUUCCAGGUGUCUGACCUAAUCCACCUCCAGAGCCGGAUCUUUCUGCGUCUGGGUCCUCCGCAAAGACUGCUGCCAUGCCGGUGACCGUGACCCGCACGACCGUCACCACCACCAUGUCGUCCUCCUCAGGCCUGGGCUCCCCAACCAUCGUGGGGUCCCCUAGGGCGCUGACCCAGCCCCUGGGCCUCCUCCGCCUGCUGCAGCUGGUGUCCACCUGCGUGGCCUUCUCACUGGUGGCCAGUGUGGGUGCUUGGACGGGGUCCAUGGGUAACUGGUCCAUGUUCACGUGGUGCUUCUGCUUCUCCGUGACCCUCAUCAUCCUCAUAGUCGAGUUGGGCGGGCUCCAGGCCCGCUUCCCCCUGUCCUGGCGAAACUUCCCCAUCACCUACGCCUGCUACGCCGCCCUCUUCUGCCUGUCGGCCUCCAUCAUCUACCCCACCACCUACGUCCAGUUCUUGUCUCACGGCCGCUCCCGGGACCACGCCAUCGCCGCCACCGCCUUCUCCUGCAUCGCCUGCGUGGCUUAUGCCACCGAAGUGGCCUGGACCCGGGCCCGGCCCGGGGAGAUCACCGGAUACAUGGCCACCGUGCCGGGCCUGCUCAAGGUGCUGGAGACCUUCGUGGCCUGUGUCAUCUUUGCCUUCAUCAGCAGCCCGUACCUGUACCAGCACCAGCCGGCGCUGGAGUGGUGCGUGGCCGUGUACUCGAUCUGCUUCAUCCUGGCGGCCGUGGCCAUCCUGCUGAACCUGGGUGACUGCACCAACGUGCUGCCCAUCUCCUUCCCCAGCUUCCUGUCCGGGCUGGCCCUGCUGUCGGUCCUCCUGUAUGCCACUGCCCUGGUUCUCUGGCCGCUCUACCAGUUCGACGAGAAGUACGGCGGCCAACCGCGGCGCUCAAGGGAUGUGAACUGCGGCGACAGGCACACCUUCUACGUGUGCACCUGGGACCGCCGGCUGGCCGUGGCCAUCCUGACGGCCAUCAACCUGCUGGCUUACGUGGCUGACCUCGUGUACUCGGCCCGCCUGGUUUUUGUUCGGGUGUGAGGCUCCGGCGGGGGGCUCUUGACUCCCCCCUUGUGCCCAGGUUCUCAUUUCCUCUUCCGGGCUCCCUGUCUUCCACCUUUCUCCUGUCCUUCCCAACUCCCCUUGCUCUUUUCCGUUUCUUUCGCCUCUGGGCUCCUCUCUCCUUCCCUUCCUGUUUUGUUUGGUUGCCCGUAUCCUGUUUGGCCCAUUUGCCCUUCUGUUUUCAUGGUCUUCUUUUCUGACCCGUUCUGCCUCUCCUGGCUCUUUUCUGGUUCUCUCGUUUUCUCAUCUGCCUGUGUCUUAGCCACCCCUUCCCGUUUUCUUUCUUCCAAUUUCCUCGGGAGCUCCAAGACUCCUUCUUCUCUACCCCCACCUCCAAAGGUGCUGAGCUCCACCUGUCCCACACCUCUCUCUGCAGCUGUUAAUACCCCUGGCCUCCCCGAGGGGCCUCAUUGCCAAAGCAUGCCUGCCCGCCCUGGCUGUGCCUUGUUGGUGUGUACGUGUGUGUUUGGGGGAGAGGGGGGGAGGGUAGCUAGGGAUUGGGCUCCCUUUCUCCCAGGGGAGGGGGGUGUACCGUACAGGUCCCCUUUAAGUUAAAAAAAAAAAAAAUCUCUGGAGGCCAAAGGUUUUCCAGUGGGUAUGACGCUUAACCCACAGACAGACCCCGGGUCCCUGGGUCCUGCUCGGCACCCAGCCUCGCCUGAGACUGCCUCCAGAAUUUUUGCCAGGCUUACUAAGAAUCCACUGCCUAGAGGCCAUCUUAAAGGAAGUCAAGGGUGAACGUUUUCCAGCCCGACUGCUCUCUGCGUUAUCGAAAACCCGUCGGAAGUAUUUGUGAGGGGCAGCGAUGUGGCCCUCCAGCCUUAGUGUUAAAAAUAGCCCGUCCUGCCUUUGCUGGGAGAAAAAAAAUGGCCACUGCCUGCCUUAACGGCAAUGCUAGCCUGGGUUGGUUUGUUUGUUUUCCUUUCCGCUUCCUGGUUAUGGGGGCAAAACUUACAUUGAGUGGCCCUAUUCUAAAAGGGGAAGUUGCUUUUCAAUUUCUUUUUCUUGAGGGGGGGGGUGGGGUUGCUGUUGCCUUAGAGGGAUUGCAUUACUUGGAGUGUGGUGCACACACACAUACACACACACACAGGUGUGUUUCUGUGUGUUAGUCGCUUCCUGUAGCUGCUUCCUUGCUUCUCUGGGACUCACAUGCAUAACGUCAUAUAUAUAAAUGUAUAAAUAUAUAUUUUAUUUUUUUUUUUAAUUCCCUGGAGCUUCUGGUCCCCAUGGGUCCCUUCUGUCAACCACAGAGGGAAGACUUGUCCGUUGCCCUAUUCCCACAUCCGUAAUUUUUUUUUUUUACAUCAAUAUAAAGAUAAAAGAAAAAAA